AAUUAGUUUUGCCUUGGAUAUGUGGGAAUGGUGUCGCGUUUUAUGAAAAGUUUUGAAAUUCACACGUUUCAUCACGAAACAAAAUUUCAGUUUUAAAUUUACGAAUACUUUUGUGAAAUAAUUUUAUAAAAUAUUGUACUGUGGAACAUAUUGAAUCAGAGAUAGUUUGUUAGAAUUAUUAUUCUUUUAAGAAAGUUUAAAAAAUGACCCACAAUAAAGUUAUACUAUUUUGGAUGGCCGCUGUUUUAAUUAAUAGAAUUGAGGCUUUGAAAGAACAUUGCAACAAACAAGAGGAUUUACUUCAGAGGUGUUCGAUGGCGCUGCCGGUACUUAGUUCCCCGGAAAUAUCUUUCGCCCUCACAAGAGAAGAACUGGACAAAAGUUGCAUAGAACUUCGAGCGGGAAUCAAAUGUAUAGACAACUACACAGAAGUUUGUAUGGGGAAGAGCGAACAAGUCCUGUUUAGGCGGAUGUACGCCGGGAUAACUGAUGUGGUCCAAGAGCUUUGUACACGCGGCACAUAUCAGGAUGAGUACCUGAGACAUGCUGAUUGUGUGAAGAAGGUUCGACCGGAGUAUGAAACGUGUAGCAAGAACUAUGAGGUGACUUUGACGUCACUCGGCAACCACCCGGAGAGGGACCAGUAUGAGACAGAUAGCGGAAGCCAUGAGGAUCUGCGAACUAUGUGCUGCUCGUUCCAAGAAUACCUCCAGUGUUCCGAGCGGACGGUUCAGAGGUCGUGUGGAGACGAUGCUGCCUUGUUCACCAGCGCAUUCCUCAAGAGAAUGGCAUCUAAUAUCAUAAAGAGCUUCUGUCUGGAAUAUCGCGGACAAGAGUGCGGUCUAACGGACAGCGGAACCUCAAACCAGCUCAGCCUAGUUCUACUCAGUAUAACAAUGAUAUUUCCCUUCGUGUCGGCGCUUGUGCCUGCGUAAUGCAAUCGGCGCACACACGGAAUUGAAAUUUUAAUUACUAACUUAGUAAUUAGUGAAGAACUUCAAGUUGAUGCAUUCACUGAAGUGUAAACAAUUUAUGGAUGGUGAAACUUCGCCUUUUUGCGAAGUAAGCGAUGUAGUUCAUGUUACCUGGUAAUUAUAAGUUAUUAGAUAAUUGUAUUUUCAGUCUCAAGAACUCGUAUGAAACUUUGAUACUUAUGCAAGGUACUUUUAAAAAUCCAUACAAUAAUCAUCACCACGGCUCAAUCGUCUGACAUGAAUACUAUCCAAUUGAUGUAUGUUCGUUUGUUUACUACCAAAUUACGCUGAAUAGUGCUGUUAUUUUUUACAAAUAUUCCUAAUUCGUCUACAUUAUAAUUCAUUAUAAUUACAAUUAAAAUCUUGAAUCUCAUUUGUAUUUAUAAAUCUGUAUCAUUGAUAUUUCAACUUUCCUAUUAUUUUCCGGAAAUUGAACCUAUUUAUAUACCUUAUUCAUAUAAUGUCAAAAACAAAAAAGUCAGACAAUUAGUUCACUUGUUAGUCCGUUUAGAAUGUUUCUAAAGAAAUAAAUAAAUUCACUUUGAAAAUCAUAUUUUUUAAUAUUUAAGGUUGGUAGAAAUAUAUCGUAGGCCAAAGACUGCGAAUAGAAUUCGUGAAACUUAAAAAAGGCAUUUAGUUAAGUAUAAUAAUGUAUAGUAUUGUUCCUAGUAUUGUAAUAUAUGUAGGUAUUAUUUGUGUAUAAGCGUAUUUUAAAAUAGUAAAUUUCAUGAAGACUUUGAUGUAUCUCAAGGUUUCUAGUACAGUCCUUAAUCAUCCCCUAGAGUUCUCAUAUCAGCUAAUUUUUUACAAAUCUAUCGAAAACUUACAUAAUAAAUAUACAUACAUAUAUGUAUAUUUGUUGAAAAAAAAUUACUAUAUUUUUAUGUUCUCCCGCAAAUGGCUCGUCUAAUAGUACUUUAGCAAUUUGGUCUAGUAAAGUGCCGAGAGUUAAUUAUUAUUUAAAAGUUAUCUUUUGAUUAUAUAGGUACUUAAAUUAUUAUAUUAAUUAAAUAAAAAUAUAUUACGCAUAUCAAUUAAAUCUAACGUCAAUGUAACGAUCUUUCAUUACUGUAAUAAUUGUAAUAUUAAAUAUAAUUAAACAUUUUAAUAACAAAUACACUUUAAUUUAUAUUUAUUUAAAUUAUUAUAAGUAUUUAAAUGCGUUUUUCAAUCACAUUUCACGAUAACCAUGCAUCAUUACAUGUUAAAAUCGUAAAUAUUUGUGUUAAUAGCUUUUAGAAUAAACGUUAUACCUUGGUUGGGAUAUUUAAAUAUUUGUUAUUAUGCAUAUAUGUCAGCUCAGAACUUCCUGUGAUAGUUUAAUGAAAUUAUAGUUAGAAUUAUUAUUAUUAUUUCCUAUUAAAAUAUAUGAAUAACUUU